UCUCGGCUCGGGUGGCACUCAAUAAAGCGGAACAUGAAUGUCUGUUGGCGGAAUGUUUUUUUGGUUGCACCGAAAAGCAAGUUUCUUCAUAGUGGGACCUGUCCGACUGUCGGUGGCCGAAACAACAAGCGACGUAUAAAUAAAAGACAAGUGUUAGCCCGUCAGAUCACCUCCAAGUUGUGCAUACUAACGGCUGAAGGAUUCCGAAGUGGUUGACGGCUCCGCCAGCGAGAGCUUCUGGACACUCGUAACUAUGAACGUUCACUCUGGACUUCCAUCGCCACUUUCCGAUCCGGACCGGCUGUCGACUGUCUCCGGAGACUAUCAAUAUUUUCACUAUGGCUGUGACGGCUUCAGCGACCGGGGCUGGGGAUGCGGGUACCGGACAAUCCAAACAAUAUCUUCCUGGCUACAGUUCAACCGAGUCGACCAACCUCGACCACCACCAAGCAUCUCAGAGAUCCAACGGGCUUUAGUGUCAAUGGAGGACAAACCCAACCACUUCUGCGGCUCCAGGGAGUGGAUAGGUACCGUAGAGGCCUCCCUGGUUCUGGAACACUUCUACAACGUUCCAUCUCGGCUGAUCCACGUGAGGGGUGGAGGGUCAGACCUGGAAACGGUCGCAGUGGAAGAGCUUCGCCGGCACUUCCAGAAGCACGGCUGUCCGGUUAUGAUGGGUGGGGACCGGGACAAUUCCUCCAAAGGCGUGUUGGGUGUGUGUUCGGGAAAGGAGGGAAGCUUCCUUCUCGUGUUGGACCCCCACUACUGGGGUCCUCAGCUUGGGGUGCAGGAGCUACAGCUUGAGGGCUGGGUGAAGUGGAGAGAAGUGUCCACCCUCGACAGAACCUCAUUCUAUAACCUCUGUUUGCCUCAGUCAGGCCCAAAUAAAAAUUUCCAACCAUAA